CAGCCUUGACUCCCAACUGGUGACUAGAGGGGCAAUGGCUAAGGAUCUGGAACCGGACUUUUACCUGAAGUGGAAGCACUGUGAGACACGCGGUGUUAAGACUCUGUGCAACCUGAGGGAGCUCCUCUCCCGACUCCAGAAGGAUCACAGGGAUGAUGUCUUUGUCUACACCUCUGGACACCUGAACCCCAACAAACUUUAUAAGCCACCCCAGACUGUUACCCAGCACUGGCGCAAUGCAAACCGACCAAGGGAGCAAACCAGGGUCUCCCCACCCUCUGUAUCCAGAGACAAACAGUUAGCAAAGAUGAAAGAGGAGUGGGCUUACUUCACCAUCAACACAGCCCUGCACCCCGAUGACACCCACAACACACAGCUGUUCCGGUAUUUGAACCCACGUGUGAUCACUUCCCAUGCUUACAGAGAGGGCGUCGCCUUGAAGAAGUUUCCAGAGGAUGAGGAGGACGACGAAGUCAGGGAAAGACCCGUGUUCUCGCGGGAAAGACACAGGAAGGAGGAGCUCAGGCUGCCUGAGAUGAAAGUGCUCAAAUACCCAGAGGUGACAUCCAGUCGCCAGUGCUACAAGUCACCUCCAGGCAGGGAUGUGUAUCGCUAUGUCAGCUCCUACCUAGCUGGUAUAACAAAAGCUGACAGAUACAACAAGUUCCUUAGCUUCCAGAAAGAAGUCUUGGCAAAGCAAGAUCUCCUGAAGAACGAUUUCACAGGGAGCAAGGUGGCUGUGAACCACGAGAACAAACUGAAGGAGGAGCUUGAAAAGAUAUGCACUUGCAAUCCUCAGCAGUUCAACCGGCUGCAGGUCUUUGGGGAAAUCUUUGAGGAUAUUUGCAACAGCUCUUUGAUCUUCGGGGACCUCCUGAAAGAGGUUAAGGAUGAAUACGAACUCUACAUGGCAGCUCUUCUGGACUCACAGCCCACAGCACAGUAUAAGCGGCUCCUGUCAGAAGUUAAGGGUUUAGAGAAGAGCCCUGUACACAGCACAGACAUUGAACAAGCCAAGGAGCAGCUGAGGAAGCUCGAGCAGGCUGCCCUAGCAGCCCUGGAGCAGAAUGACAGACUCAGAAAUGAACUGGAGGCGGAGAGCCUGUUGCUGCAGUCUGCUAAGGAGAAAUCAGAAUCUUUUGAUAGAAACAAAAAUGAUGAGGACCAACUUACUCUGAUUGAGAAGGUUGAGAAGAGGAGAUGCGAAAUCCUUGAAAAAUGGGAUGAGAUUAAAGCACUUGAGAAACAUAUUAAGGAAACGAUGGUGCAUUCAAGAGUGUCGGAUAUCACUGAGAAUGGGAUUAAAAGUGUAGAGAGUAAUCUCUGAAGUCUCCAAGAAGAAGAUGGGGUGGCACAACUGAUUCCACUUGGUUCAUAUAAUGUCAUUUAGCUGAAUAUACCACUCAGUGAUCAACUUUGGACUACAGACUGCUCAGAAUAAUUUCAAGUGGUUAGCAGAGAUGAUCCAGUCUAGCAGACUGCUCUAGCCAGGACUUGAGACAAGCCUGGCACUUUCCCAUUACCCAUAGAUUAAACAAAAAAUGAUAUAGCUACCUCUCCAGAACCUGACAACUCAAAUUGUUUUUUCAGGAUACCCUAAAGAUACUGUAACCCCCAGACAGAAGGAAGUAAAUUUAAGAGUACAAUGUGUACAUUCUUAAAAAAUGGGGUGGGUAGUUUUUGGUUGCUCAAUGGAUUAUGGAUAUUUGUUAUUGUUUAGGGUGAUAGUUUCAAGUUAUAAUUGGUAAUGGUCAGGAAAACACUAAACAAAGGAAAUUAGAUUCAAGUUUCUCAUUUUGAAGAGAAAAAGGGGGAUAUAGAUAUGAUAGAA